UGAAAUUUGUCCAACCCACUGUUCCAAGCGUAACAGUAAUAACUUAUGUUAUUUAGUACUCGAAAUCAUUUCCCCAUGUAGAUUAAUAGUAUAACCCGUGACGUCACAUCCGUAUUUUUACAGUGACGGAUUUUUCAGAGCUUGAGCUUUACCUUGCUCGUAUUUGUAUAUUUUUCGCGCUACCAGGCUCGACUGUAAUCAAAAAUGAGUAUUGAAACGUCACAGAAAAGCCAACUGGAGCAGAUGGAGGAAGCAAAACUUAAAUCCAAAUAUCCAGGAAUGCAGAGGCCUGGUGGAUCAGACUUUCUAAGAAAGAGGUUACAAAAAGGGCCAAAAUACUUUGAUUCUGGUGAUUACAAUAUGGCAAAGCAGACAGGUCAGCUUCUCAGAAAACCAAACAACGCUGGUAAUGGCGAAAAAAUGCCCCCACCUCCUGCCAGAGUACCAUUGACUGGAGACUCCAUUCCAACGCCUGAAGAUUUACCACAAAGAAAGUCGUCGAUUACAGCAAGCAAGCUAGCUGCUAUGUAAUGACAAUGACAUUCCAAGCGAACUGUUGGGGGGGAAAAUAACAUCUGUAUUCUGAAGUUGGGAAGUAAUACUGAAAGAACCUUUUGUGCCACCCCACCAAAUAAACUAAGAAAAUGACACUAUUUUUGUGACUUUCUUACACCGAAAGAUGACACUUCAGAGCACUAACAACAUAUCUAUGGUUGGUGCCGAGGAUACUAAGUUUCCAAGCAUUAGUAUGUUGCAAUAUAAGGAUUAUAUUACUAAAAAUAGUUGAUCUGUCCACUUCAUAGUUAUCCGUGUUUUACCGAAUUGACUCGUUUGUGACAAUACAGAAGGAUUUUAUGGCAGCAGCAGCCGCUGCCCCACACUCAUUAUAAACAAGUUAUUACCAAUUUUGAUUAAUGUAAGACAUCAUUCUUUAAGUUCAAAGCAUUGAUAUGUUACAUUGUAUCUUGUUAGCAAUCGUUACAUAUUCAUUUGUGUACCAUAUACGCACGCUUGGUACGUUAUUCAAACGCGACUAAGACGCAUACUGAUUUCUACCUUUUUAUACUCUCAAUGUUCUCAUUUAAUAGUGAUGUUUACACUUUUUGGUUUAAAAUGAUCUGCACAUUUCUUGUGUUCCUCGCAUAAUCUGCUGUAAACUGUACAUUUCUUUAAUGACUUGAGUUAUAAACUUCAAGUUAAACUACAAAACUAUCACCAUAGAAUUUCUGUUGCUAGCAGAAUACAAUAACCUACAGUGGGUGGCCUACAGCAGUUACUUGAAGUUGUUUAGCAGAAUUGACCAGAUCCUAUUUUUCGGUUUAUGUGAUGGGGUACUAUAAUGAAUAAAUCCUUCAGCAGUCCUGUUUAUUAAAGCGAGAGGGUCGUCAACUGCACCAUCCAUGCAUGGGAAUUGAGUCCCAAGUGAUGUUAACACGUGCUAAAAACGCAAAGGCUCAUGGAUAGACACUUGUUUGUAAACAAUUACAUGCUCUGGCCAUCUGACGCAUGCGCAGGUGUUGACUCCCCUGCUUUAAAUUCAUUUAAUUCUAAUAUAGAUUGUACUCUUUAAAUUAGGGCAUUAGCAAAAGAGUUUACUUUACAGCAAACGCAGAUAAUCUGAGUGUUAUAUGCCAAGUAGAAUAUCUGGCCUAAUAGUGAUAAUCGUUGUGCUUGAACUGGUAGUAUUAUUUUCAUUGAAAACCAAAAUUCAACUAAUUAACAUUGUCGUGUGUAGUUUCAAGAUCCAGAAGUAGUGGGUGUUUAGAUUAAGUUGGGGGAGGGGGUGUCAUCAGCUUUCAGGAGAAUAUAAUCAGUCGGAAAGUGCCAGUAGGUACUGCAAUGUCUUAAGUAGAAAAUUGUAAAUACUGUUCGUUGCAUCAUGGUGCGGAUCUUGUAACUGCACGACAAUUCUCUGAAUUCCUGGCAAGUAAAAAUUGCUGGAAACAUUCAGUCUGUGUACAGAUUAUUGUAAAACUAUAGUUAAUGAAAUGUGAAUAUUUUUUUGUGCAAGUAGGUUAUAUAUAUUUUUUUUCAGUCUGAAUAUAUAUGUACACCUAUUUUUCCCACAUCAUUCGAAUGUUGGUGCGUUUGAGACAUUCUGGGUUACUAAAAGAUGCAACUAUAAAAUCUGAAAUAAAAUUCUUCACAAGCUUUCAGAAAAGGUACACCUUUCUAUAAUUAACUGGCUAAGAAUGUCUGAACUAAGUCUUGUACUGAUAAGCUUAUUGUUGCAUUACCAAGUUCUGUUAUUUCAUGCAAUAUUGUAUCUGUCAUGUUCGUUUUCAUUCAAACAUUAACAUUUCUGUAUUCUUAUACAAAUAUUUUUGUAUUUGUUGCUUUUCUAAAACUGAUUUUUGUGUGUAGCAGUGUUUAUUAUCUUAAUAGAAACUACCAACCUUGUACAAAUAAAUCCUGUACACUGUACUAUGCCAUUUGUUUGUAUUUGAAAUUGGUGAAACUGUUUAUAUACUGUAUACUUUAUUUUCGUUUGGAAUUUAUUUUUGCUGAAGGGAUGAUUCCGUGAAAAUAAAAUCCAGCGAAUAUACAUUUUUUCCUAUAUUUUACAUUAAUCUCAACAAAAAUCAGUGAAAAUAAAUUCCAAGCAAAACGCCCAAAAUACCUUUUCAGCGAAAAUAAAGUAUUCCACAGUAUUGGAAGGAAUAGAAAUUA